ACAUUUUAUUUGAAUAAAUGUGUAUAAGAUUUUCGAAAUAAUUAAAUAAUGUGCCAAUCCCUUAUUCUUAAGAAAUAUAGUUAUAUUUUGUAUUCAGAUGGAAAAAGAGAAAAUCUCUGUAACGCCACAGAUGUUACGUACAGCUGUAAAAGAGUUGCAAAAACGUGAAUUAUUUGUUAAAUUAAAGAGUUUAAAAACUCAUAUACAAAGACACUAUCCAGUUGAAAGAGAUUUCAAAGUUCUUGAAAAAGAAUUACAGGAAAAACUGGAAUAUGCUGUUUAUGUUGGACUCCUCGCCAAACACGGAGACGACCAAUAUUUCAUACCUACUUUACGACAGGAAGCAAACACCGUUAAAACAGCAAUCAGCGCAUUUUGGAAAAUGUAUAAAAAUAAUAAUCGAUUACGUAAUGUCAGAAAGAAGAAGGCUGAUGUUAAACGAUCAGUAUCACGUCGAAAACAAAAAGAUCAUAUGAGUUCUUCUAAUACUGAUGAAACCGGUAGCAGUGAGGAUUUAGAUUAUUUCUAAUUGUAAUAAAAUGUGAAAAUUAAA